CUGACUCUUGCUGACCCUCAGUGACGAUUGGCCCACUCAGCCAUCAGUCAAUAUGCAAGGAUUCUACUCCAAGCUGGACGCGGUCCCGCUGCUGGGGGCGGGGGGCCUGGGGGGGGAGGGGGCCCCGCUCCCUCUGAGUCUGGCUGUGGAGACGGAGAAGGCUCAGGCCCUGCUGCAGACCUUUAGCUCCGCCUCCCUGCUGGCGUCGGCAGGCCUCGGCAUGUUCUGUGUGGUGGCGGACCACGGCCUCCAGCUGUCCGUCAUCCAGAACCACCUGUGGCUGCGCGCCGCCCUGGACAACGCCACGCACGGAUUGGUGGGGCUGUGGUCGUGGGCCGUGGUGAUUGGACUGAGGAAAAAGAGCGACGUGUACGAGGUGCUGCUGGCCGGCCUGCUGGCCUCCAUCAUCGACCUGGACCACUUCUAUAUGGCGGGGUCCCUGUCACUCAAGGCGGCCGUCUCCCUCCCCCACCGCCCCCCCCUCCACUGCUCCUCCAUCAUCCCCGUCCUCUGUCUCUCGCUGCGCUUCCUCAUGUGGAUCGGACGCCUCAAAGACGCCUGGUGCUCCCUGCCGUGGAUGCUGUUCAUCUCCAUGGCGACGCACCACGUCCGGGACGCCGUGCGCCACGGCCUGUGGGUGUGUCCGUUUGGAAACACGGCCCCCCUCCCCUACUGGCUGUACGUCAGCACCACGGCAACGCUGCCCCACCUGUGUUCUGUGCUCAUGUACCUAACAGGGACCAGGGACGUGAUCUCCACCAAACACGGGGUGGCCAUCGAUGUGUAGACCUCCUCCCUGAUUGGUUGGUGAUCUGCUAGGGAUACAAGAUGUUCUCUGAGACGACUUUUAGAUAUUGGAAAUUACUGGAGAAAACAUUUGAAGGAUGAACUUGUUUUUUCAGCUUAUUGGAGAGAAAUGUUGGCGAAGAAUCACAUUUUAUUUCACCCAAAAGGAUGAGAAAACUGUCACUAGAACAACAAGAUAUGGGUUUUCUUUGGAGUUGUGUAUAAUAAUUGGCUUUUUCGAAAAAGAGUGUAUGUGCCCAGUAUGGAUUUAGCUCUUUAUGGUAUGAAACGAUCAGGAUCCUGAUACCUGUCUCCUGUGCUAAAUGCUAACGGAGUGACCCUUUAAACCUUCGUCAUAUCGUUCUGCAGAGGCGUUCCCGCUCUCUGGUCAUCUUCAGGACCUGAACCCUAACCACUAUCACGUCCUGUCCUAAGAAGGAACACUCAAGGAAAAGUCAACCAAAGUUCAGCCCCCCCCCUCUCUCUCUGACACACCUGUUAUCAGUGUCACUCUCACCCCGAGUAUGUUCUUCCACUGUGCUUUUAAAACUGUUAAUCUGCCAUAGUAGUGAAGUUUAGUGUAUCGUACGUUCAUUGUAGAGUUUUAAAGGAACAGACACACCUUUCUUCUCAUGGCUCUGCCUCUACUGCUUGGAUAAUGUUCACUCAAAGAUAAGUUUUCCUAGAAGAGCCCAGAAGUUUCCGUGUCGGCCGUGGAUCAGGAUGUUGUUAUGACUCUGUUUGUUUCCAACAUGUGCGGCCUCUAGUCUUUUGACUUUAGGGUAGUUGGAUUUAACUGAGGGAAAAAGCUCCUUUCUGUAGGUUUCAUUCUUACCGUUUCAAACGUCCACCUUGUGUUUGCUUUUUGACAGAUUUGGCUCCACUGUGGCAGCGAAAGCUAAGAAUGAAAUGACUCUUUUGUAUUUUAUAAUGUCAUGGCUAUGUGACCUCUAUAUUUGACAUCAAUCAUAAAAAGGCUGAGGGACCCGGAGAUAUGCUGGAUUCAUAUUUUUGAAGUUUUAAACAUUCAAGUGAAUCGUUUGUUCAACGGUGAGUCCAACGCUAGUAAUAUCUUUAUAUUACUUGUUGAUUUAGGUGCAUUAACCUGCUGUAUAGGGUUCUAUUGCAGUUGUUGUAAUGCUACUGUGAUGAAAUGAUUGAUGCUGAAAUGUAGUGGUGAAGCCAUGAGUAGUAGAAGGACAUUUAUUUCAAAUAUGUAUCGUGUACAAUCAUUUACUAAGACAAAAAACAUUUAGAGGUAGGAAGUCAUUACACUGCUUUAGUUUCAUUCCUUAACAGUAUAGUUUACUGUAUUAUACAUGAUGCAUUAUAUGUGGUAACAGAGUGGAUUUAGUGACUUUUAGGGACUUAUUCAAGUUAUUUGUCAUUUUCAGUGUAAAAGGGAUAGUGGACUCCUCAAGACAUAAGUCUGCUUCUAUCUUUUUGAAUUUGGACCGAGUUGAAGUUAAGUUUAAUCACUUUUAUCUCAUAUCGGCUACAAAAUGUUAGCUUCUUUUUGUUUGUGUGGAGUGGCUGGUGACUGUAAGGUCGUAGUGAUGCUUUUUGUCCACUAGGGGGCUGCAGUGAGCUUCAAAAUGUGUCCUUUGGAAUAAAUCUGGUCUUAAAGUUUGAAUAAUUGCACAGAAAAUUCCAAAAUGCACUGAACUUCAGAAAGUUACUUUAUGGCUGCCAUCCCGUUUUUGUUGCCAGUGUCAUUUUAAAGUAAAAUAAUUUAUUGUUGCUGCUUAUGGUAAACUUUAUUUAUGCAAUAUUAAGUUGAAUUUUGCACAAUUUCAUUUAUUUUUAUUUUAAAUUAUUUUUUAUAUAUGUUGAACAUGUUUUUAUGACAAAUGUCAUUAGUAUUAAAGUAUAGAUGGUUUUAAUGUAGUGUCCUUUCUUUCUCAAUAAAGUAUAUCCUGUGUAUA